GUCAGUCACAUGCACCUGUUCCUUAGUUUAUGAAGUAGAUUGCUUGCUGGGACUGCGGCGUGUCUGAUUUGCCAACUCUCUUGCCGUCCCUAGACUUACUAGCUUACAACGUUACGCCCAGUAACCCCAUUUGAAACCUCGACACACAUUUCUCCCCUUCUCUCUUUCGUUCUCAUUCUCUGUCUCCCCUUUUCUCCUCUUCUAUUCAUUUCUUCUCUUCUUCACUUUUUUAUUUCUUGCGCAACAGUCUAGCUUUCGUUCAGUCUAUUUGCUUUCCAUUCCCGUUCUCUCCAAUUCUCGCAGUGGUAAAAGCCUCCAGAGCCAAUCAACAUGUCGCCUACUUUCUUGGGUCUGUUUCUUGCCUUUAUUCUCGGCGCUGUCGGUGCUGAGGCUCUUACUUUCCCGGCCACCGUGGAAGUCGAUCUUGUCUUCCCGCGCAACGAUACAUACGCACCUGCCGCUCUUAUACCUGUUGUUUUCGCAAUCCAAAACGCCCAGCUCGCAGCAUCCCUCGACCCAAAGUUUCAAUUCACCGUUACGAGUGCUAGCGACUCCUCCAACGAGAUCACCACCGCAAUACUGGAUCUCACAAACGCCACCUUCUCCCGCAGUGACCCAUACUAUGCACUCGGCUAUAUUCAUAGCUUGAAUGGCAUCGAAGGCCAGUGGGUGCUUGCCUGGUCCUUGAGCACUGGCAACUGCUCGGGAUCUUCGGAUGACACUGUAAAUAUUGGCCACUUAAACCAGAAUACAAAUGUCUUUUUCACCACCAAGAACGGCACGCAGCCGCCAGAUCUCGUCGCGGCUUCAGCUGACAAUAGCACCUGCGCCGCCACGGAUGACAGCUAUACAUUCAAUGUGACGGGGACGCUGGACGUGGCGGACACGAUCAAAUACGAUGGCCGAAGUUCGUGCGCCGUUCUUUCGCCUACACUGCCCACUGCAAACCCUUGCGCCGCGGCUGUAAACGUAGCUGCUGCAGCGAGCAUCUCUGCGGCUAUCACGUCUACUGCUUGCGCUUGGCAGAAUCCGAAUGUGACAUGUCCGUCCUCCAGCAGCAGUGCAGCUGGGAGGGUUAUGAUGUUUCCAGGGAUAUGGUCAGUGUGCUUACUUUGGAUUGGAUUGAAUUUCCAUUUUUGGCUGUAGACUUAAGUCAGACAAGAUUAUAUUGUAAUUGUACAUAAUGGAGUAUUUACACUUGCGGCUUCCGUAUGAUAAUAGCAAUAGCAAUUGAUCGUGCUGCGAUAUGAAAAAAA